AUGCACCGCCCCUCCCUGCCGUCAAUAGGACUGCCCCCCCUCGCGGUAAACAACGCCCCCCUGCCCUCCGUCGCGAUCAGCGUCUCCGGCGGUAGCAGCAACGGUGGCGCAAGAGCAGCGGAAGCAGCAGCAGCGGAAGCAGCAGCAGCGGAAGCAGCAGCAGCGGAAGCAGCAGUAGCGGAAGCAGCAGCAGUAGCAGCGGGGUCGAGUGCAAAUGGGCUGGGCGGUGACAGGGUUGCUAACGGGAACGGUAACGAUGGCGGGAGUGUGGGUGUUCAGGGACAGCUGGAUGGCGGUGCCCGUGGUGAAGCGGGGGCAGGGGAAGAGAACGGAGAGGGAGAGGAGUUUAGCGUUCCGGGCCUAAGUCUGGUGGAGGAGCGCUGGCAUGACGGUGUUUGCCUGCUCCAAAGACCUAGCUCUAGCGGUGCAGAGGGCGAGAUACGCCGGUUGGUGCGAUGUUGGGGAGUGGAAGUUCUGCCAGGAAUGACCAAGUCGCAGCUGUCAAGCCAGCUGAAAGCGGCGUCUCGAGAAGGACUCCUUCCGUUGAACGGGUGCCUCUCGUAUACCUACGAGCUUCCCACGCUAGCGGUGGAGGCGGCGGCGGAAGCGGCGGAAGCGGCGAAGGUGAAGGCGGAGGUUGGCGCGGAGGAGGAAGAGGAGGAGGAGAAUGUCGGAGGCGGAGGGCGCAAGUUUGGUGACGAGUGCUAUAACGAGGGCCAGGUCGUCUGGGUCCGAGGGGCUUUCGUGGCCUACAUGGAUGGUCAAGCUGUCGAAGACGACGAUGUCUGGUGCCCCGGGGUAGUGUGCGCCGCCGAUAAUUCCGCCGCAUCUUCUCCGGCGGAAACAAACGGAGGGUAUGGUGCCGUGGCGUCCCCGGGGGGGCUGGUCGUAGACGUGAUGGGCCAGUCGAAGGUGGAGUUUGCCGUGGGGACGGACAACCUCACCGGUUUUCCGGGGUACGGAGACAACCUCGAGGCGUUUCGGCACUCGGUGGCAACGGGCCUGGGAAAUCCUCCAGAUCAUAUGUGUCUAGCGGUCGCGCAAGCAAUCCUGGCAUGCCUGAAGUGUGGCUGGGACCCCGCGCGAGGCACGAACCUGCUCCGGCCCGCCCUGUGCAACGACCAGCGAGAAGGGGAUGCGCGGCUCGGGAAGUACGCUGCCGCGUGGGGCGUGGACCCCGACCGGCUGGAGGAGCUGCUCAAGUACUCGUGGGCGUUGAUGAAGCCCAACGCCCAGAAGUCGAAAAGGGCCGAUGGCGAUCAAGCCGGCAGUAGGGAGGAGGAGGUGGAGGAAGAGGAGGGAGAGGGGGAGUGGGACCACCUGAGGGCGACCUGGCGGAAGCUGGAGAACAUGUGGCGGGGGGCGAAGUCAGCCGUGCAAGAAGAGAGUUCCGGGUCCCGCAGCGGAGAUGGCGGUGGUGCCGCGGAUAGCGGCAGCGGCGGCAGCGGCAGCGGCGGAGGCGGGGGCAGUGACAGUGCGGUGCCCGAUGCCACAAGCAACGGCGAUAGCGGUAGCGCUACUACGGUAGUCGAUGCUGACAACAAUGCCGCUGCGAAAAAGGACACGGUGGCCGCCGGAUUAGGCGACGAUGGCGGAGAUGGGAGCGAGCCGGGUGGCAAGCUGCUGCCGCCGCCGCCGCCACCGCCGCCGGCUGCGGCUGCGGCUGCGGCGGAAGGAGGCGUUGCGGCGCCCACGGCUGCGACGCCCGCAACACCGGUGCCUUCGGCGGCGGCUUCACCACCGCCACCUGUGGUAAGUGCAUCAGCCCCGGAGCAGGAGCAAGCUCCUACGGUGACCCUGGUCGCCCCUUCCACGGAGAGUGUUGUGUCUAAGAAAGGCGUUCCGGCGGCGGCGGAGGCGGGGCCCGACAUCAGUAAACCUCCUGUUGCUCCUGCGGCCCCUGCUCCUGCUCCCGUUGCUGGUGCCCCUGCUGCUGCUGCCCCUGCUGUUCCUGCUGCUGGUCCUGCUGUUCCUGCUGCUGCUCCUGCUGUUGCCCCUGCUCCUGUUGGUGGUGCUGCAGCCGGCGGUGUUGUUGACGACGCGCAACGAACAACCCCCGCCGGCGGUGGCCUCGCAGCCAUGGACGUGGAUGAUGAUGCUAGCCCCGCCGCAGCGAGAAGCAACUGCGCCACCGCCGGCGGUGUUGUUGACGGGGCCGCAGCGCAAACAGUGAUCGGUGUUGCCGUUGUCGAUGGGGCCGCAACCCAAGGUAUCGCAGGUGGCGGUCCCAGGGUUGAUGAUGGCAGGGCCGCGACAAAAAAGGCAGACAGCAUGUGGGCCGAUUCUUCUGAUGUGGUGGCAGCGGCGGCGGCGGCAUUAGCGGCGGCAACAGCACCAACCGCGAGAAGUAGCGCCGCCGUCGCCACAAAGCCAGCCGAGAGCGCUACUACCCAAGGGGCAGGUGUAUCGCAGCCAGCAGGGGCCAAAGCCGCUGCUGAGAGGGAUUCGUCGAAACCAGCCACGGCCGUCUCAGGCGCUGCUCCUGCUGCUCCUGUUGCUCCACAACCGACAAUCGCUGCCAACCCCCGUCCAGGUAGGUCAGCGGACGAAGCGAGCGAUUGCCGAGAUCGGAAGAGGGCCAGGAUGGACUCGGGUGACCGGACCAACACCGCGCGAGGUGAAACAACAGCACUCGUCACCAGCAACAGCGCAACUCCGGCAGCUGCCUCGCCUGCUGUUGUUGCUCCCCCCCCCACAGCCGGGCGUUCUCCGCCGCUGACUGCGAUCAGAAAAGCGGGGAAGAGCGGGGGCAUCACAGGCUCCGUUUCGCCGGCGUCCGCCGUCGGCAACGGCAAGGGAUCGGGGCCGGGUGACGGCGGUGCUACGGCUGUUGUCGGUGUGGCUCGUGCUUCUCCCUCGAUUGCUGCUGGCCCUGCUGCUGCCGCCGCUCCUGCUCCUGCUGCUGGUGCUGCCCCGAAAAGCACAACAGAUGAUAGUGCCGCUGCGGAGGCCAAGAAGAUGAAGACGACGGUCUCGCCAUCGACGACAACCAUCCGGACUGGGAAGGACGCCUCGCGAAAUGGUGUUGGUGAUGAUGGCGGUGGUGGCACCACGGAGUCAGCAGCAACGACACCCGCCCAAGCUGCGGCUCCUCCACAAAAGACCGCCGCCGCUAUCACCGCCACGAAAGACGUGCUACGACCGACGGCAAUACCCGCCAGCAAGGACGUCAAGAGUGACGGCGAUGAGAAGCCUGCCUCGGCGCUACCCGCGGCGGCGUUGAAGGCGGCGGUGGAAGCGGCCCCGGCUGCUACAAGCACUGUUGCCGCCGCGUGGAAGACCACGAAAGCAGCAGAAGAGAAUAUGAAAGAAUUGUCGCCGACGAAGACGACGAAGACGGUUCUCACGGGCAACGGGGUAGCUUCGAUUGGCAAGACACCGCCGGCAACUCCACCGCCACCAGCGAUAGCGGCACCGGCUGAGAAGGACCGGGUUCGAGCGCAACCGCCGUUGCCGCCGUCUCAGCGCCCGCCAGCGGCUAAGACAGAUGACGGCGAUGCCACUCAACGGGGACCCCGAAAAGCAGGAGGCGGGGAAACACCCAACAGUUUGCCACAAGAGGUGGGGGGCGACCUCGGUCAACGAGCACAGCGGGAGCCGCGCAGAGGGCAGAAAUUCGACAUACCGCCGGCGUUCAAGGAGGACGACUUCCUCUCUCGGAAGGAGCGCAACGCUCGCAGGUUCGAAGCGCAUAGGAACCGCGCUCGCUAGCUAGCGCGAGUGUGUACCUUCCACCUGCGCGUGGCGUUUGUCGAUAACGGUGGGAGCUUGAGUCGGGCUGGGCGGGCGUCGGGAACCUGUCUCGUGGACCGGGCACUUCCUUUAACCCUGAUGCUGUGCAAUUUUUUUUGCAUCGCCUGUUUGCUGUUUUUCGCGGAUCGAUACAUUCACGGUAGUGUGAUAACCGGUGACAAGAAGCCGAGCGUAUGUGUUCAAUUUGGUGCUGUGACUGCUGUGUUCCGAUGUUUAGCGUUGGGUGAGAAUGUUUUUUUCUAUGGGUUUGCUUUUUGAGGGGCGUUGUCAUCGUUGGCGCUGGCCUGUGCUGCGCUAUUCUGUUUGUUAUGUGCUGCUGAGUUGCUCGUGCUCCCCUCCAGAGCUCUUCAUCAUUUCUGUGUUGUACUCUUUAAGAUUGGUUGAUGUUGUGGUCGGCCUUUUCAGGAGCACUCGUUUGGUCUGUGGCUAGGUUGGACUUGCAUUCUGUUCUUGUUGUCGAGUAUUUUUCUUUUCUGCUGAGUUUUUUUACUCCCGUACUGUUGUAGGUGGUCGUGGAUUUUUUUUCGUGACAGGCUGUGCAACGUUUUGUCCAAUGAUUAGGGGGUAUAUUCUGUAGGACCUUUUCAUGCUGUUGUUGUAGCUGCUCUGGCCCUCCCAUCGGCAUUCAUUAGGAGACUAGACUCCUUCUGGACGCCCUACUUGCAGGAUAUGGGAGGGAAUACUUGUGAAUUUUUAGGUGAGGGGUUGGCCCAAUCGGUUGUGUUUUUAUUAAGUGCGUUCAUUCCACAUACAAACUACUGCGGGAAUCAACCACAUGUACGUGGUAGACCAGUACGGACGGAAGAAGGUGCUGGGCAGAAAAAUUUCGGAACGGUUUUUAAUGUGAAGACAACAAC